CUCAACCAUAAAGGAGCCUCAGCAAGCCUGACUGGGCGAAAGGGUGCUGGGAGCCCUCCACAGGAACUGUCCGGAGGAGAGAAGAGAUGGAGGAUCUGCAGCCCCUUUGCGCACAAUGCGCUUUUGCCGCUGCCCCCCCCCCCCCGCCCCAGCACGCUCAUAUCUCCAGGCAACAGGCCUGUGGUCAAGGGGGAAGGCGGCAGGUCGCAGUCCUCACCUGGGACCAGCCGUCAUGACUCCCUCAGCCUCUACGCUGCCUCCUGGUGAUUUUCACUACUCCUAACGGACUGAAGAAGGUCCUUGGUUUUGCACUUCCCUUGGCGAAGGCCUCCUGGUGGAGGAGUGAGGAGGAAGCCUCGUGGGAGCGGAGUGUGGAGUCGCCCCGUUAGUCAGGCAGGUUCUGCUAAGGGGAGUGGGAGUCCGGGUUCUGAGAAUUAGCCCAGGCCAGGCCUGUGAGCACGCGCGUCCAGGGCUAGGUUCUAGUGGCCCUCCCCCACGGUUCCGGGGGCCGCCCUCGGGUCACGUGGCCCGCAGGGCCGACAGGUAUCUCGCCCAGAGAGGGCGGGGGCCGGUAGCCGCCCCGCCCCGCCGGGCGCUGCGGGCGGGUCUCAGCAGCGCCCACAGCGCCAGCCGGGCCGCAGGUGCCGCCCCCAACACACCGUGUCCCGCCCAAGCCGAUCCGCGUCUGCCGUCUGUCGGUGCGUGCGUGAGCUUCGUCGGUCCGCGUGUGUCUGGCCGAGCGCCCCCUUCCUCUGCGGCCAUGACUCCGCCGCCACCCCAGCCACCGCCCCCAGGCCCGAACCCCACAGCAGACUCCGCUGCCGACCCCCGACCCGGGCCUGGACCCCUAGUCGUACUGUUCGGGGCUACGGCCGGUGCGCUGGGGCCAGACCUGGGCUCUGAUGAGACCGACUUAAUCCUCCUAGUCUGGCAAGUGGUGGAGCCGCGGAGCCGCCAGGUGGGGACAUUACAUAAAUCACUGGUUCGCGCCGAGGCGGCCGCACUGAGCCCGCAGUGCCGCGAGGCGAGCGGCCUGAGCGCCGACAGCCUGGCGCGGGCCGAGCCGCUGGACAAGGUGCUGCAGCAGUUCUCACAGCUGGUGAGCGGGGAUGUGGCUCUGCUGGGCGGGGGCCCCUACAUGCUCUGCACUGAUGGACAGCAGCUGCUACGACAAGUCCUGCACCCUGAGGCCUCCAGGAAGAACCUGGUGCUCCCCGACACCUUCUUCUCCUUCUACGACCUCCGCAGAGAGUUCCACAUGCAGCACCCGAGCACCCGCCCUGCGAGGGACCUCACCGUGGCCACCAUGGCACAGGACUUGGGGCUGGAGACAGAUGCCACAGAGGACGAUUUUGGGGUGUGGGAGGUGAAGACAAUGGUAGCUGUCAUCCUCCAUCUCCUUGAAGGGCCCAGUGGUCAAUUGUUUUUGAAGCCCGAAGUGGUAAAGCAGAAAUAUGAGACAGGGCCUUGUAACAAGGCCGAUGUGGUGGACAGUGAGACUGUGGUUCGAGCCCGUGGGCUGCCCUGGCAGUCAUCAGACCAGGAUGUGGCCAGAUUCUUCAAAGGACUCAAUAUUGCCAGGGGUGGUGUAGCCCUGUGCCUCAACGCUCAGGGCCGCAGAAACGGUGAGGCUCUCAUCCGCUUUGUGGACAGCGAGCAGCGGGACCUAGCGCUGCAGAGACACAAGCACCACAUGGGUGUCCGCUAUAUCGAGGUAUAUAAAGCAACAGGAGAGGAGUUUGUAAAGAUUGCAGGGGGCACAUCACUAGAGGUGGCUCGUUUCCUGUCACGGGAAGACCAAGUGAUCCUGCGGCUGCGGGGACUGCCCUUCUCGGCUGGGCCAGCAGACGUGCUAGGCUUCCUAGGGCCAGAGUGCCCAGUGACUGGGGGUGCCGAUGGGCUGCUUUUUGUGCGCCACCCUGACGGCCGACCCACUGGUGAUGCCUUUGCACUCUUUGCCUGUGAGGAGCUGGCACAGGCUGCACUACGCAGGCAUAAAGGCAUGCUGGGUAAGCGAUACAUUGAACUCUUCCGGAGCACUGCAGCCGAGGUGCAGCAGGUCCUGAACCGCUACGCCUCCAGCCCACUCCUUCCCACACUGACUGCUCCACUGCUGCCCAUCCCCUUCCCGCUGGCAGCUGGGACUGGGAGAGACUGUGUACGCCUUCGAGGCCUGCCCUACACAGCCACCAUUGAAGACAUCCUGAGUUUUCUGGGGGAGGCAGCGGCUGACAUUCGGCCCCACGGUGUGCACAUGGUACUCAACCAGCAGGGCCGGCCUUCGGGUGAUGCCUUCAUCCAGAUGAUAUCAGCAGAGCGGGCCCUUGCUGCUGCUCAGCGUUGCCAUAAGAAAGCAAUGAAGGAACGCUAUGUGGAGGUGGUGCCCUGCUCCACGGAGGAGAUGAGCCGUGUUCUGAUGGGGGGCACGUUGGGCCGCAGUGGCAUGUCGCCUCCACCCUGCAAGCUGCCCUGCCUCUCACCGCCUGCCUACGCCACCUUCCAGGCCACCCCAACACUCAUUCCCACUGAGACAGCAGCUCUGUAUCCCUCUUCAGCGCUGCUCUCGGCUGCCAGGGUGCCCGCCACCCCCACCCCAGUUGCCUACUACCCAGGGCCAGCCACUCAACUCUACAUGAACUACACAGCUUACUACCCCAGCCCCCCAGUCUCCCCAACCACUGUGGGCUACCUCACCACACCCCCUGCUGCCCUGGCCUCUGCUCCCACUUCAGUGUUGUCCCAGCCAGGAGCCCUGGUCCGUAUGCAGGGUGUCCCAUAUACAGCUGGCAUGAAGGAUCUGCUCAGUGUCUUCCAGGCCUACCAGCUAGCUCCCGAUGACUACACCAGUCUGAUGCCUGUUGGUGACCCAUCUCGCACUAUGCUACAGGCUCCCAAAGAAUGGGUGUGUUUAUAGGUGAGGGAGCCAGGAGGUAAGAGCUGGCUGAUGUCCUCAGCUAACAGGUCUCUCCUGCAUCCAGAGAACCAGAACCCUCAACCCAGUGGCUUCUCUCUGGCUUGUCAAAAUUCUCAGAAGGCACCCAGAGGAGUUCAAGCCUCGGCUCCAUCCCCCACCUACUGCUCUGCCUGUUCACCCCAAAGAUGAUGGCUGGACCCUGCAUGCAGGGCUGGGGGUGAAAUGGCAUUACCCUGCCCCCAGUGGUCUGAUCUGGGCCUCUUAAGUAGCACUCGAAGAGCCUUUGGUCUAUUCUGGCCAUGGCCCAUACCUACAGAUUUUGUAGGGCUAAGAUCCACAGCAGGCUUGCUUUUAAAAACGUGAGCACUGGUGCCUUCAACAUAUGAUUCCAGGGAGCUUCUAAGUAAAGAUCCCAACGUUCUACCUUCCCCUUCUGGUGGGGGUCAGGGAGGCAGAGAGUGCUGGCCUCAGCCCCCAGGAUACUUGGACCUCAGUGGCCACACUGUGUCAGGGGUGGUCCCACCUAAGGAUGUUUGCACAGGAAUAUCAGAUGGGAAAAUCACAGCCUGUUUGGAUGGACUGUACUGCCGUAUCCUCAGAGGACACUAGGGGGCAAGAGGCCCUCACAGAAAAACUCAGGCUUGACUUUUAAAAGGGACUUUCUGCCCACUUUUCAUGCACACCUUGGGCAGGCCAGUCGUCCUGAACUCAGCAGACACCUUGGAAUGUCCUUUGCGCCCAUUCAAGGGUGCAGAACUGAAGCUUCAGAAGGAAUUUGGAACUCUACCCUCUUCUCCGUAAAAUAAACAAAGGUUCCUAACCAAGUGGACUUUUUAAAAGCCAAAGUGCCCUUCACUUUGGCUCAGACUGAGGGGCACCAGCCCCAAACAGGAAAACUCAGGCAGAUUUCAAGGAGACUGUUGACCUAUCACCAUUUAUUAUUUCAGCACUGUAACUGAGGAGCCUGAAUUGCUGGCUCUUCUUCCCUUUGCAUUUGUGUAAGGAGCACUGUACUCCUAUAAAAGGUUUUAAGAUACAAAAUGUACAAGAAAACAACAAUCUCAAGUGCCGUAAACAUAACUGAGAACCAGUUCCUUAACUGACCCGUUUUAUAAAAUACAAGGUUUCAACUUGAGCCCAUCUGAGCCUUACAGAUGACCAUCUCUUCUGAGAUUCAAAAAACAGGGCUUCACAGCCAGGCCAAGUGAAGCUCUGGUGAUAGUGGCCAGCCCUGGGCAGGGAUGGGUUGCACCCUGGGCAUCAGCACCAUGCGCAAACCCAAAGAUAUCUGUUCCUUUAAAAGCUGCUUCCAGCCAUGUUUCUCUUGCAUUGCCAUUAAGCAAAAGGCUUCUCAUCCCAUUUCUCAACCCAAGAUCUAGCAUGGGUUGGAGGGGGAAGGGGUAGGUGCUAGCACAUGCCCAGUUGCUCAGUGCUGCUACUAGAAAUCAAUUUGCAGAGUCCAAUGGAUGUGUGCUUUAACACCACAAUGCUGCACAAAAAUUAAAAUCUCUUAUCUACAAAGCCAAAAAAUACUGACUCUUACACCAAAGCUUUUUUAAAGCUGAUACAAAACUGCUUACAUAGUAUACAAAGCUCUAUUUUAAAAUUUAACUUUUAUUUUAAAUAGGAAAGCAUUUCUAGUGCUACAGGCAUCAAGGUAUUUAAAAGGCAUCAAAAUUUGGUGCAUAGCAACUCUGGAUCACAGAGGCUUUUAUUCUUGAGGGCAGCAGAGCAACCCCCAAAGGGUCUUGCAAGGGGAGCUCUUGCAAGAACCCCAUGUGAGGCAGCUACACCAGGGGCAAGAGGGUGGAGGUGAAGUCUGGCCAACUCUCUGGAACUUCAUCUCAGGGGCUAGUCCCCCACAACCCCUCCAAAGGAAGCUCUGGGCUCCCAACCACAGGCCCCAAAGCAAAUCUCACUAUUCACACUCCAUGACACAAAACUCACUUCCAAAGAAAAUAUGAAAACACCAGGCUCCAAGAGGGACUAGAGUGAUCUGGAUAGGCAAUUUUUCCUAACUAGUUUUAGGGGAGAAUCUAAAACAUCCUGUUUAUAUUUUUUUAAAGACCAUACUUCCUCUUCCUGGGUCAACAGCUGCUAACUGGCUAAUCAGAGGUGGUGGGCAAUGAGCUGACGCCCUCCACUGGCCUCAGCAGAGUACUGGCAUCUAGGACCCACAAUCCCCUGCAAUAAGAGCAUCAAGACUUUGACCAGCUCAGCACACUGUCUCAUAUAGGCACUCAAAAAAUUUGCUUCCUGAAUAAAAGUAGAACAUUUUAUGUGAAAACAUACUGCAAACUUCAGGGGCUCUGAAACAGGCCCAAAGCCUUGGAACGAGAAGCUAAUUCUAUUAAGGGGAGGUCUGAGGGCAGGGUUUGAAAAGAGCACCCAAAUCGGGCAGCUCCUUUGGUAGACAGCAGGCUGGAGAUUCUUGCUGGCCCCUCCUUGGGCACCAGUCUCACCAGCAGCAGCACCAGGGCAUCUUUGGUAUGGAGGGUCAGGUUUAUGAUGCUAUAUAAUUUCUAAAUCUGCCUCAAGGCCUUUUGGAAAAAGGCUGUUUUUUAGGCCAUGCAGAUGGGACAGGGUAGGCCAGAACCAUUUUAGGCUGUAAACGGAAGGAAAAGUCUUCUAUGCCGGUGUGAAUCUUAAAAGCUUCCUAUCUGGAGUCCUGCAUAUUCUCUGCUCCUGUAUUGAAGCAUAGCUCAUUUGUGCUUAGCUUCUGACACAGCCUGGCCUCUAGAGAUAAGCUAGAACCAGCAAAACUGCCUAAACCAUCAUAAGAUUGUGGCAGCCAAAUGCUGAUGCUCCCACUUGGGAAAGGUCUGGGAGCAAAGGACACAAAAUGGAACAGUACUCCACAGCCUACCUGUUUGUAGGAUGGCAGGAAAUUAAAGCUACCAAGCUAAAAAAAAAA